AUGGCUACCUUUUUGAAAAAGCCCCUGAAAUUGGCUCUUGUUCAGCUCGCAUCAGGAGCGGACAAGACCGUGAACCUGUCCCAUGCGCGGAGCAAAGUACUCGAAGCUGCAAAGGCCGGUGCACGAUUAAUCGUUCUCCCCGAGUGCUUCAACUCUCCCUAUGGCACUAGUUUCUUCCCUAAAUAUGCCGAGACCCUCCACCCCUCCCCUCCGACGAAAGAACAAUCGCCAUCCUUCCACGCGCUGUCCGCCAUCGCCGUGGAGGCCAACGCAUAUCUCAUCGGCGGAAGUAUUCCUGAGUUGGAACUAUCCACUAAGAAAUACUACAAUACCUCGCUGGUCUUUUCCCCAACGGGCGAGUUGAUUGGCACCCACCGCAAGACACAUCUAUUCGACAUUGAUAUCCCAGGCAAGAUCCAAUUCAAGGAAAGUGAUGUGCUCUCACCGGGCAAUCAACUGACCGUGAUUGAUCUCCCUGAAUACGGAAAGAUUGGUCUAGCUAUCUGCUACGACAUCCGUUUCCCAGAGGCAGCGAUGAUCGCCGCCCGCAAGGGCGCUUUCCUGCUGGUUUACCCGGGUGCCUUCAACACCACUACUGGUCCUCUGCACUGGUCACUUCUUGGCCGUGCUCGUGCCGUCGAUAACCAAUCAUAUGUGGCUCUUUGUAGCCCGGCGCGUGAUCUGGAAGCCUCCUACCAGGCCUAUGGGCACAGCUUGGUCGCUGAUCCCAGCGCAAAGAUCCUCUCUGAAGCCGAAGAGAAAGAGACUAUCAUUUAUGCUGAUUUGGAGAAUGAUACUAUUGCAAACAUUCGCAGUGGAAUUCCGAUCUAUACUCAGCGGCGAUUUGAUCUCUACCCCGAUGUGAGUGCGGGCCAAGAAUAG